AUGAAGUUUCAUGGCCCCGUUGAGCUUCCUAAUGGAAAAACCACGUCAACCGACAUCCCCAAACAUGUUUUCCAAGUAGCCAUUGCAUUGAUCCUCCUCACCAUAAUCCCUCUGUUCAUAAACAGAAACACACAUCCACCAAUAUUGCCUUCUCCUAAGAUCGAUAACGACCAAUAUUAUGGUUUGGGAAGCAGAGGAUUUGAGAAGAAAUCAUGUGAUAUCUUUGCUGGGAAAUGGGUUCCAUUCCCCAGGGGGCCUUAUUACACAAAUGAAACUUGCAACUUGAUCAUUGAUCAGCAAAACUGCAUGAAGUUUGGGAGACCUGAUAUGGAGUUCCAGAAAUGGAGGUGGAAACCAGAUGAAUGUGAGCUUCCUCUCUUUGAUGCACUUCAGUUCUUGGAGCUCGUCAGAGGGAAGUCCAUUGCCUUUGUUGGAGACUCUGUGGGACGAAACCAAAUGCAGUCACUGUUGUGCCUCUUGGCUAGUGUGGUUUAUCCUGAGGAUAUCACUGAAAAGUAUACAUCAGACAACAUAAAUUUCAAACACUGGUUUUAUGCAGACUACAAUUUUACAAUAGCAACACUGUGGUCUCCGUUUUUGGUAAAAGCCAGUGACGCAGACCCCAACGGGCACUCCUACAACAGCAUUAUGAACCUCUAUUUAGACAAGGCUGAUGAGGCAUGGGCAGCAGAAAUUACAAGAUUCGACUAUGUAAUCAUCUCAGCCGGACAAUGGUUCUUCCGACCACUAAUGUUCUACGAAAAUGGUCAACUUGUCGGCUGUUACAAGUGCCAACAAGAGAACGUCACUGCCCUCACACACUACUACGGAUACAGGAAGGCCUUUCGAACUGCCUUCAAAAGCCUUGUAAGCCUCAAAGAUUACAAGGGGGUGACACUUUUGAGGACAUUUUCGCCUUCACACUUUGAGAAUGGGGACUGGAAUAAAGGAGGAAAUUGUGUGAGGACCAGGCCGUUUACCAAAGAAGAAUUGAAGGUUGAUCAAUAUGUUUGGGAGAUGUAUUUCACUCAGGUGGAGGAGCAAAGAGCAGCAGCAAAGGAAGGGAGGAAGAGGGGUUUGCAAUUCAGUUUGUUGGAUACAACUGAAGCAAUGCUGCUGCGGCCGGAUGGGCAUCCAAACCAUUAUGGGCACUCGCCACACAGGAAUGUGACUCUAGCCGAUUGUGUCCACUGGUGCUUGCCAGGUCCUAUUGACACAUGGAAUGAAUUUUUGCUUUAUAUGUUGAUGGGGGAAGCUCAGACAACAUUCGGAAGGAAACUAGAGAGAAUUGCUUAGGACUACAGAUAUAUACACUAUUUAUUAAUUCUUUCCAUUAUAAUAGCAUGUUCUAUA